UUAAACGUAUUGCUGGCUGGUAUGAACCCCUUCUAUUUCCAUGCAGUGAAUGUAAUUUUACACUGUCUAGUGACUCUUGUACUGAUGUACACUUGUGACAAAGCUGUGUUCAAGGACUGUCGACUUGCUUUUGUCACGGCGCUGUUCUUUGCUGUGCAUCCCAUUCACACCGAGGCUGUAACAGGUAUAGUAGGCAGAGCGGAUGUCCUAGCCUGUCUACUCUUUCUGUUGGCUUUUCUCUCCUAUAAUAGGAGUGUGGAUCAGCUUUAUGUUGGGGAACAUUUCCCUCCCACUGCCUCCCCAUUCUUUCUGCUGCUUAGUUUAUUCCUUGGGACAUGUGCAAUGCUGGUGAAAGAAACUGGAGUCACUGUGUUUGGUGUGUGCUUGGUUUAUGACUUCUUUUCCCUCUCCUGCAAUGGACUCAAACUGAGAAAUGGGGGGAUCCACCAGAGACCUGCCCGGCAGCCCGCGGCCUCUCCCUCUGCCUCGCUGCAGGUCCCUCCAGCGGGCCGGGAGAAUGGGAAGCAUCGCUUUGCUCACCGGGGCACCUGGAGCUCCUGCCACCCGGCAUCACCAGAGGAGCAGCGGAGCGGUGGCCUUUCUGUGCCCAGCAAAGCCAUGUGGGCCAUUCGGAGCUACCUGACUGCAAAUAACAACCAGAAUUUCCUGUAUACUGCAAGGCCUUUUUUGAAGAGAGCUGCUUUGGUGAUAAGCUACGUGAUUCUCAUGUUGUAUUUCCGCCUCUGGAUAAUGGGGGGAUCCAUGCCGAUGUUUUCCGAGCAGGACAAUCCCGCUUCAUUCUCGCCGUAUUUACUGACAAGGUUUCUAACUUAUUCCUAUCUUCUGGCCUUCAAUGCGUGGCUUCUGCUGGCACCGAUCACCCUGUGCUAUGACUGGCAGGUCGGCAGCAUCCCUUUGAUCGAGUCUGUCUGGGAUGCGAGGAACUUAGCCACAGUGUUCCUGGUGCUGGUGAUGACAUUACUCAGCCUACACUGCAUAGCUGCGUUCAAGAAACUGGAACACAAAGAAGUUUUGGUUGGCUUGUUGUUCCUGGUUUUCCCAUUCAUCCCAGCCAGCAACCUCUUCUUCAGGGUGGGAUUUGUGGUGGCAGAGCGAGUCCUUUACAUGCCGAGUAUGGGGUACUGCAUCCUUUUUGUCCACGGUCUAAAAAAGCUGUCUACAUGGUUAAAUAAAUGGAGAAUUACUGUUCUGACCCUCUUUGCUUUACUGCUGCUGCUCUUCUCUUGGAAGACCGUGAAACAGAACGAAAUCUGGCUGUCACGAGAAUCCCUUUUCAGCUCAGGAGUGAAGACCCUGCCCCACAACGCCAAGGUGCACUACAACUACGCCAAUUUUCUGAAAGACCAGGGCCGUAAUGUUGAGGCGAUCUACCACUACAAAACUGCUCUCAAACUGUACCCUCGUCAUGCAAGUGCUCUCAACAACUUGGGAACGUUGACCAAAGACGUGGUGGAGGCAAAGGACUACUACAGACGGGCCCUUCAGUUAAACCCUCAGCACAAUCGAGCUCUCUUCAAUCUCGGCAACCUGCUCAAGUCCCAAGGGAAGAAGGAGGAAGCUGUAAUCUUACUGCGGGACUCCAUUAAGUAUGGCCCAGAGUUCGCAGAUGCUUACUCAAGCCUGGCCUCGCUGCUAGCUGAACAGGAACGGCUUAAAGAAGCAGAGGAAGUCUAUAAGGCUGGCAUAGAGAAUUGUCCAGAGAGCUCCGAUCUGCAUAACAACUACGGUGUUUUCUUGGUUGAUACCGGGGCUCCCGAGCGAGCCGUGUCCCACUACAGGCAGGCCAUCCACCUGAGCCCCGCUCACCACGUGGCCAUGGUGAACCUGGGCAGGCUUCACCGCUCCCUGGGACAGAACAAAGAGGCCGAAGUGUGGUACAAGCGGGCACUGAAGGUAUCCCGGAAGGCUGAAAUCCUGUCCCCGCUGGGGGCUCUGUAUUACAACACGGGGCGGUAUGAAGAAGCGUUGCAGAUUUACAGAGAAGCGGCAUCACUGCAGCCUUCAAACAAAGAGAUCCGACUGGCACUGGCUCAGGUUUUAGCAAUGAUGGGGCGGACGAAGGAAGCUGAAAAGAUGACAAACCAUAUACUCAACGAGGAUGUGGAGUGUCUGGAGUGCUAUCGCCUUCUGUCAGCCAUCUACAGCAAGCAGGAGCACUAUGCCAAGGCACUUGAAGCUAUAGAGAAAGCUCUUCAGCUAAAACCAAAGGAUCCAAAAGUCAUAUCAGAGCUCUUUUUCACUAAAGGAAACCAGCUAAGAGAACAGAAUCUCCUUGACAAAGCUUUUGAGAGCUAUAAACGGGCUGUGGAGCUCAACCCAGACCAAGCACAGGCCUGGAUGAAUAUGGGAGGCAUUGAGCACAUCAAGGGGAGCUACAUCACUGCCCGUGGCUACUAUGAGAAAGCCUUACAGCUGGUUCCGAACAGCAAGUUGCUGAAGGAGAAUCUGGCCAAGCUGGAUCGCUUGGAGAAACGGUUUCAGGAAGUCCAGGAGAAAGACCAAACAUAGCAUUGAGUCACCAGUGGAAAGAAACUCAUGCCCCUUGGAGAAGAGUAUGGUGGAAGCCUAUUGCUCAAAGUUUUUUUGAGCUGAAGGAACUUUGAUAGGACUCAGAAUUACGGAAGGCAAAUUUUGAAUGCAUGCUUAUGUUUGACCAAAGUUACAGGAGACACUCGGCUCCUGUGGGACAUGCUGGAGAAUGAAUGAAAACCUUCCUUUAAUCAAGAUUUAUGUUUAGGCUGAACCCAUUUUAAUCACACCGGGAGUGUGGGUGGGACAUGUACCUUCAAUAUCUUGGUUAUCACUGGGGAAACCAUGGAGACAAAGCACGCAUCCAAUGCAGCAGGGAUGAAGUAGAACCUCAUGUUACUCAACACAGGCUCACCUUGUCCACGUGAAGUACCACUGAUGGGCUUCAUUGCAAGUGCUGCCAGGUCCUUCUGAGCCAGGAAAGAUCGUCAUAAUGGUCACAUAAAAAGGUUUCAAGGGGUUAAUGCUGAGGAAGUGGUGGCCACUUCUACAGCUCUAAAUGUGACUUGAAAAUUAUUCUAAAGAAAGGGAAAAUGAUAUCUGAAUAUCACCCUAGAAGGAUGAUUCUACAAGUAGGACAAAUGAUCCUUUGGGGGAAAACCUCACCUGAAUGUUUUACUCAUAAGAUAGUAAUUUUAUAGUAAUUCAGAUUCAUGAUGUCAGUAUUGUCAAAUAUCAUAUGGCUUUACCCUUUGCCCUCUCCCUCCAGGCCAAAUAAUUAUUACUCUGAAAAAAAUGGAAGCAUCCAAAGGCAAUGGGAAGCUCUAGGAUUACUUGUCCUCCUGUCCAGUCCCCAG